AUGGAAGAAGAGUGGUCUUCACCACCGGAACGUGGAAAGCAAGUUCCUGGGAAGACCAGUUUACCUAGAGGUGCUGCAUGUCUCGGAUGUAGAAAGAGGCGUGUUCGAUGUGAUGGAGGUCGACCGACUUGCGAGAGUUGUAAGCAACGCAGAGAAGAAUGUAUAUACGAAUCUCAACCAAAGAAUAUCAACACUGCCUUGUUUGAGAGGAUGCUCGAGCUCGAGGGCAGAAAUACGAGUUUCGAUCUCAAAUUUGCCAGACAAGAGCAAAUGAUCGUUGAACUUCGCGAGGAACUAGCUAAAAAGAGAACACCUCCGUCUCCAACACAACUGCUUCCACCUAUGGGCACUUAUGCUAGCUUCCGCCCUUACAGACAUGUUUCUUCUCAUCGCUUUGAUCUCUCUCAGAGUAAAUUCAAGUUCAUCCGUAAGCUCUGCGAAAGGCGACCUAGCCGCCAUGACAGUCGGCAACAAUGGAUUUCAAGUGGUGCUUCCUCCCGUCGUUCAGCCUCUAUCUUCAUGACUCCUCGUCCGAAUAUAGAAUUUCCUUCUUCAAUACCUCCCAAUCGUGAUACUGGUUCUCUCGGUACUCUCGAGACACGGUUCCGCAUCGACUUGCAGCAGCAGUCUUCUGCUCAGCAAUCUCCCCCUUCUCCCCGAGCUCCCAGGUCUCUGACCGCUCGGCCUCGUGCUCAUACCACUGCCUCCGCCAGGUCUCAACCACAUGCAGUCCCAGGAGUACCAGUUACACCUCGCGCUACCUCACUUAACGUUACGCCUCAGCAUUCUCCAGCUGGACAGUACACUGUAUCUGCCUAUCCAUUUUCCUUUGAAACAUCGCGAUACCACUCACAGCCUGUUCCUCAAGAGUUCUAUCAUCAAGAAGCUGCUCAUUCUCAUACUUCUCCAUUGUCUCCUGCGUUCGGGAGCUUCUUGCGGGAAGACCCGCCGCCCAUGCCGACUCUCUUGUCUCAGCUUCCUUUCUCGUCUUCGUCUCAAUUGGGAUAUCCUGAGACUCCGACUCAUAUCGAGCCGAAUAGCUUUGGUAAUUCCUCGUUUGAAUCUCAUGGUUACACGAGUGGUUUGGAGGUUUACGAUUCGAGUUCUUCGUCAAUACCUAAUGAUAGCUUUGUGGAAUUGUUUAAACGCUGCGAGGCGGAGUGCAAUCAGCAGAACCCACGCAUACAAACGGAGUCUCAAUCUCAGCCUACUGUUCCGAAUCCCUAUGCCAGUCCUGGAGAUCAGCUUCAGCACCAACAGAAUGUUCCUCCGUCUGUGUCGUACCAGCACGAAUUUCAGGCUCAGACACAGUCUAUUGACGGAACUAAUGUUCAAUCUCAGCUCUCCGCCUCCUACGCAACUCAGCUUGACACUCAACCAGCUUCAGCUUUUCACGAUCUUGCCAUUUCUCAGCAGGCUCAAGACUUUUCUGCGCAACUGUUUCACAACCCCUCUUAUGGACCUACCUACAACCAGGGCGAUACAACUUCUUCCUUGCUCCAGAUCCCUGAAAUCAUGCCGCCCACGUUUUCUGGGUACCAGUCGGGACCUUCCUUAGGUGAACGAUCCGAUCCCUCGCGGAACUGUGCUGGCAUCCCUCCGUUCCCGCCAACACCUCAUCUAUUCUCCGAUUCAGGCCAGGAGCGCUCUCUUACGCCUUAUACUCCCCAUCGCGUGAGACCGGCUGAAUUCCCUCUUCCUGAUGGCUGGUGGGACCACCUCACGGAUGAACCAAAACGUGAACUACAUGACAUUUUGAUCACCUUGUUCCUUCUCCACCGCCGUCAAUGUGCUUUAGAAAUAUCUGUUUCUCGCCUUUACGAUCAGCUCAAUGCCGAAAGUCCGAAGGACCGACCCCACCCAGCUUUCGUGCAUGCUAUGUACAUGCUAGCUUGUUGGUUCACUCGACCAUUCUCGCUCAUUGAACAAGAAGAAAAAUUCUUUCAACGAACACAGGUACAUCUCCCGCGCCUUCUAGCCGAGAAAUCACUCUCGCUUUUGGAGUAUGUGAGAGCGGGUAUUUUAUUGGGUUUGUAUUUCUAUGGUAAAGGGAGGAUGCUCGAAGGAUACCAACAGACUUGUAGCGCGGCUCAAAUGGCAAUACUUUGCGGCUUGCACAAGAUAGAGUCCCCGGUGUGGAGAGACGUCAGAGGACGGGUCGACGAAUUUACCAGGCAUGUGCAGGGAUGGAAGACAAACGUUCGCUUUGCUCCUUUUAUGCUCGGCCCACCUAAGGAUGCAAUCGAACUCGGCGAAAGGAUUCAUACGUUCUGGGCGUGUUGGAUUUUGGACGCAAGUGGGUGUGCGACACACGGCAUGCCAUCGAUCUUCAAGGAGGACGUCGAAGAAACGAUGCCCACAACGCCUCUCCCACUUCCCUUGGAAUUCUAUAAUAACGGUCUUUCCACCUCUGUCUUUGAAAGGGCUUCCCGACUGGGCUGCAUACAGGGCGUCAAUGCUUCGUAUGGCUAUGGUGAAGUUACUCAACUUCCAGAGGAUCCCUCCAAAGGCGAAGAUUUCAGGAAAAGAUGGAACCACGUUCGAUCCACCGCUUUCAACUUGUUCCAUUCCAUGCCCGUGCUUCGCAACCCUUCAGGUCUUGGAGCAGAGAUUGUCGAUACAUGGAGGGUAGCGGGAAUAGAUCCGGUUAUGGUCCAUGCGAAUACGCUAUGCUUAUGUGGAAUCAUCUAUCUCGGUAAUAUCGUCGCCAAGCACAGCGAUGCCGCGAAGCAAGAAACACUGUGGGCAGCGGAUCGGAUUGCUGACAUCGCUGCGGAGAUACAAGGUCUUGAUUUUAUCCAUCUAGAUAUCAUGCUAGGGGUGUCUUGGAUGGCUGCGGUUCAUGUUUAUAUUCGGCAUCUCAGAAGCCUUCGGCAUCAGGGACAGGCCGAGCGGGAGGCUUUCAAAAACAAAAUCACGCUGUUAUUAUUCGUUUUGGACCGGUUGGGAGAAGUAUUUUGUCUUGUUGAAAUUCAAGCCAACAAAGCCCGGGCGGAUUAUUUCGAGCUAUCUAAGGACCUUCCACAAUGA